AUAAUCUCUCUCACCACUCACUCUAUCUUCUUCAGGCUGAGAGUUCCACCAAUCAAAAAAAAACAAAAAUGGCAGCAGAAAUGGCGCUCCUGAAACCCAUUUCCAAGUUCAGCCCAAGAAUCGGGACCUCAACCCGAGCCCCAUGCACGAGGUUCGCCACCGUGAGAAUGUCGUCCGCGGCGGCGCCGCCGUCAGCUCCGGCGAGGAACAGCAAGAAGGGACCGAAGAAGGAGAUAAAGGAGACCCUUUUGGCGCCGAGGUUCUACACCACCGACUUCGACGAAAUGGAGCAGCUCUUCAACACGGAGAUCAACCAGAACCUGAACAUGGCGGAAUUCGAGGCGCUGAUGCAGGAAUUCAAGACAGAUUUCAACCAGACACACUUCGUUAGGAACAAGGAGUUUAAGGAAGCCGCCGACAAACUCGAGGACCCGUUGAGACAGAUUUUUGUUGAGUUCUUGGAGAGGUCUUGCACUGCUGAAUUCUCUGGGUUUCUUCUCUACAAGGAGCUUGGUAGGAGGCUCAAGAAAACCAACCCUAUUGUAGCAGAGAUUUUCUCUCUCAUGUCCAGAGACGAAGCCCGUCACGCAGGGUUUCUGAACAAAGGUUUAUCCGAUUUCAAUUUGGCUCUCGAUUUGGGAUUCCUAACAAAGGCAAGAAAGUACACCUUCUUCAAGCCUAAGUUCAUCUUCUACGCAACUUACUUAUCCGAAAAGAUCGGAUAUUGGAGAUACAUAUCUAUAUACAGGCAUCUGAAGCAAAACCCAGAAUUCCAAUGCUACCCAAUUUUCAAGUACUUUGAGAACUGGUGCCAAGACGAGAAUCGACACGGCGAUUUCUUCUCUGCUUUGAUGAAGGCACAGCCACAGUUCCUCAAUGACUGGAAGGCCAAGCUGUGGUCCCGCUUCUUCUGCCUUUCGGUUUAUGUGACGAUGUACCUCAAUGACUGCCAAAGAACAGCCUUUUACGAGGGGAUUGGUCUCAACACUAAAGAAUUCGACAUGCAUGUUAUCAUUGAGACAAAUCGAACAACUGCAAGAAUAUUCCCAGCGGUACCAGAUGUUGAGCAUCCGGAAUUCAAGAGGAAAUUGGACAGGAUGGUGGUAAUAAACGAGCAACUGCUCGCCAUAGGGGAGACCGAAGAUAUACCUUUGGUGAAGAACUUGAAGCGGGUCCCACUCAUUGCAGCUCUGGUUUCCGAGAUAUUGGCUGCCUAUCUCAUGAAACCCAUCGAGUCUGGUUCAGUGGACUUUGCCGAGUUCGAACCACAAAUCGUGUACUAGAAUUUUUUGUCCGUGUAAAAAAAAAAAAAACCGUGCUCAUUUCCAUUGUUCUAUAGAGAAUGCAGUUUAUUAUGUUGUUGUAUAAAACCUGGUAACAUUUUAUUGCAAGAAUCUUGUCACUCGUAUAUGAAA